AUGAAUUCCAUAGCACUCGAGCCUGGAGGUCAGCUUCAACACCCCAAACGUCAAGCUCACCCCGUCCCCGCACUCCGCCCCAGUCUCGCACAAAAGCUGCAGUCAGCUCACCAUUACAGACUCAUCAGCUCACGUUUCGAGUAUCCUUCCACUCGUGUCGACGACACUCUCGCUAGACAGUCUUUGACAGUGCGCGUGACACUGAUGGUCAGCUUCGGACCGAAGAGAAUCAUAGCUCACCCAUCGUUGGACACCCCCGAGUCCACCGCAGCUGUCGUCAGCUCACAGCUGGAAGGGACCCAGCUCACACUUCCAGGACCAUCCCCCUUGCGCCGACACCCCCCCCCCACCUGGACCGAGGACAGACACGGCGGCGCUGGAGGUCAGCUUUUCAUCAACGGAUUAUCGAAGCUCACCUCGCCCCCGAGUGUCCGCUGUCCGUAA